GUUGACAGUUAAAACUGUCUCUUACAUUAGACUGAGUCACACAGAGGCUCCAGCUGUGCAGAGAACAGACACAAACCUACAACUGAGAUAACAGCAGACUUUACAACAGUAGAAGUUACAACAGUAGAAGUUACAACAGUAGAUGUUACAACAGUAGAAGUUACAGCAGUAGAAGUUACAGCAGUAGAAGUUACAGCAGUAGAAGUUACAGCAGUAGAAGUUACAACAGUAGAAGUUACAGCAGUAGAAGUUACAGCAGUAGAAGUUACAACAGUAGAAGGUACAACAGUAGAAGGUACAACAGUAGAAGUUACAGCAGUAGAAGUUACAACAGUAGAAGUUACAGCAGUAGAAGUUACAGCAGUAGAAGUUACAACAGUAGGAGGUACAGUAGUAGAAGUUACAGCAGUAUAAGUUACAACUGAGAUAACAGCAGAGUUUACAACAGGAGAAGUUACAGCAGUAGAAGUUACAGUAGUAGAAGUUACUUCAUUUGAGCACAGUUGUGUAAAGAUGUCAGAGGAAAUCUAUGAAAACAGAGAUGGAUUUAAAGGGAAAAAACCAGAUGAGACCAUGAAUAUUGAUGAUCAUAUACCCAUCAACAAAAGACCCAUCAUGCCCUGCAAGAAGGAUGGAGUUGGUGAUCAACAUUCAGUGUUUUGUCAGUGGUGGAAGAGAUACUCUGGAGCUGCUGCAGUGUGUCUGGGGCUGCUGUGUGUUCUCCUACUGGCUGGGAUCAUAGGCCUCUUACUCUACCAGAGAAACCAAUUGACCAGCUCCAACACCAUGACCAAAGAGAGAUACCAGUUACAGAUCAGCGGAAACAACCUGACUGAAGAGAGAGACCAGCUACAGACUAGCAACAACACGCUGACCAAAGAGAGAGACCAGCAACAGACCAUCGACAACACUCUGAUCAAAGAGAGAGACCAGCUACAGACCAGAUACAACACCCUGACCAAAGAGAGAGACCAGCUACAGACCAGAUACAACACCCUGACCGAAGAGAGAGACCAGCUACAGAAAGAGACAGAACGUCUGAAACAAUCUUUAGUUGAGAAAGUGUGUCCUCAAGGAUGGAAGAAGCUUGGUAGCAGUUGUUACUACGUCUCUACUGAUUCCAAAUCCUGGGAGGAGAGCAGACAGGACUGCAGAAAUAGAGGAGCACACCUGGUGGUCAUCAACAGCCAAGAGAAACAGACAUUGGUCAAUUGGUUAUGUGGACGGAAGAACUAUGUCUGGAUUGGUCUGACUGACUCUGUUUCUGAGGGGACCUGGAAAUGGGUGGACGACACACCACUGACCACAAAGUAUUGGAACAGUGGAGAUCCUAAUGGUGGAAGAGCUGAGAACUGUGUGUAUUUCUACUCCUGGACAUCAGACAAAGGAGAAUGGUGGGACUAUGACUGUUCCUAUAAAUACAGAUGGAUCUGUGAGAAAUAGGAUUCCUCCUCGGUACUCUCUCAACUGCUAAAUAGGAUUAUGAUAAGUACUUUCAAUCAUAAACUAUUUUCUGCUCAUUCUGUUUACCUUGUCAAGUACAUACAAUAUAUAACAAUGCAAAUGUAAUAAUACAUUGUAAUAAAAUAACAAAACAUAUGCAAUAACAAUACAA